AUGAUUCAGAAUGAGUGGGAAACUGCCCCGCAUACGUCACGCUUUAAGAUUAUCGGGCUUGCGCAAAACUCUUUGACUUCUCCAACAGCUUCGCUCAAAGGCACUGGAAGAACAGACCACAAGAUGAAACAAAGAUAUUCCUCCCUGGAUGUUCAGGUAAUAUCCAAGGAACUGGCCUCAGAGCUAGUCGGCCUCCGGGUCUCAAACAUCUAUGACCUGUCCACGAGGAUCUUCCUCUUCAAAGUCGCGAAACCCGACCACCGCAAGCAACUGAUCGUCGACUCCGGCUUCCGAUGCCAUGUGACUCAAUACUCGCGAGCAACAGCAGCAACCCCCUCCACCUUCGUGAGCCGCCUGCGCAAAUGCCUCAAAUCCCGCCGUAUCACCUCCGUAACGCAGAUCGGCACAGACCGCAUCAUCGACUUCAGCUUUAGCGAUGGCAUGUAUCAUAUGUUGCUCGAGUUCUUCGCGAGCGGGAACAUCAUUAUCACCGACCAAGACUACACGAUUAUCGCGCUCCUCCGUCAGGUACCAGGCGGCGAAGGGGCGGAGGAAGCGAAGGUUGGUCUGAAGUACACGGUGACAAAUAAGCAGAACUACAACGGUGUGCCUCCGAUCACGCGAGAUCGGAUCCGGGAGACGCUGGAGAAGGCGAAGACGCUUUUUGCGCAGCAGGACGGCGCGCCUAAGAAGUCCAAGAAGAAGAAUACGGAUGUUCUGCGCAAGGCUCUGUCCCAGGGAUUCCCGGAGUAUCCGCCGCUUCUACUAGAUCACGCCUUUGCGACUCGGGGCGCUGAUCCGGCGACGCCGCUGGACCAGGUUCUGGGGGAUGAAAGCCUUAUCGAUGUAGUCUCGGGAGUCUUAGAGGAGGCACAGGGCGUGACUGCUGACUUGUCUGCGGAGAAGAGCCAUCCUGGGUUUAUUGUUGCGAAAGAAGAUACACGUCCAAAGGCACCGGAACAGGACUCUGAAAAGGACAAUGAGACUGAGACCUCGAAACCUGCUUUGCUCUACGAAGAUUUCCAUCCAUUCAAGCCGCGACAGUUUGAAGGGAAGGAAGGGUUCAUUAUCUUGGAAUAUCCCUCGAUGAACGCGACGGUCGAUGAGUACUUCUCGUCUAUCGAGUCUCAGAAGCUAGAAUCGAGACUAACGGAACGGGAGGAGACGGCGAAGAAGAAGCUUAAUGCGCUUAGAAAUGAACAUGAAAAGCGCAUUGGGGCUCUUGAGCAAGCUCAGGAUCUACAUAUCCGGAAGGCAAGCGCUAUCCAGGACAAUGUCUACCGAGUGCAAGAGGCCAUGGAUGCUGUCAACGGAUUGAUUGCGCAAGGGAUGGACUGGGUGGAAAUUGCGCGCUUGGUUGAGAUGGAGCAAAAACGCGGAAACCCUGUUGCAAGCAUCAUAAAGUUGCCGCUGAAGCUCUACGAGAACACAAUAACGCUCUUGUUAAGAGAAACUGGUGAUGAAGGCGACGAGGCAGAGGAGUUGUUCUCUGAUGACGAGUCUGAAGACUCGGAAGAAGAGGAAGAGAAAGAAGCAGCAAGCCCUAAGGAGAAGCCCGAAGGUUUGACGAUAGACAUCGACCUUGGUCUUAGCCCUUGGGCAAACGCCACGCAAUACUUCGAGCAAAAGAGGGUGGCUGCUGUCAAGGCCGAGAAAACAACGCAGUCUUCCGCAAAGGCGUUGAAGAGCCACGAAAAGAAGGUCAAGGAUGAUCUCAAGCGAAACUUGAAGCAGGAGAAACAGGUCCUACGACCUUCCAGAAAUCCUUUCUGGUUCGAGAAAUUCCUGUUCUUCAUCUCUUCUGAAGGGUAUCUAGUGCUCGGCGGCCGCGAUGGCAUGCAAAGCGAGAUGCUCUACCGCCGGUAUCUCCGCAAAGGGGAUGUGUUCGUACACGCCGAUCUCGAAGGUGCUACACCAAUGAUUGUCAAGAACAAACCCGGAGCUUCGAGCUCUUCUAUAUCCCCUACCACUCUGUCGCAGGCGGGCAACCUCUGUGUCGCGACAUCGACGGCGUGGGACUCCAAAGCGGUCAUGUCCGCGUACUGGGUCGAUGCUGCCCAGGUAUCAAAGACAUCUGUAGCAGGUGACCUUCUCCCCGUCGGCGAAUUUCUCGUCAAGGGAGAGAAGAAUUUCCUUGCUCCUUCCCAGCUUGUUCUGGGCUUUGGUGUAAUGUGGCAGGUCAGCAAGGAGAGUCUCGUCCACCAUAAGAGCCUUAGGUCCGAAGACGCUGCUCCGGCUCUGGAGCAGACUCAGAUGACAAACGAGACCGAAAACGUUGAAGUUCAGAAGGAAAGCAAAUCAGCUGAACCGGUUGAAUUACCGGAGAAUGUUGAGGAACAGGAGCAAGCAGAGGGUUCUGGAUCGGACGAUGAGGAAGAGGCUAAGGGCGCAGUUUCCACCGAGAACCCAUUGCAGCCCCGCCCGGACGUCACGCAGGAAGCGGAUCCGAACGAACAUGAGGAGUCGGGCGAUGCGGAUGCUGCUGAGGAAGAGGUUUCACAAGAGAAAGAAGGAAAAGAAGGUCAAGCCGAGGCCGAUGAAGAAGCGGGUGAACUGGUUGAGGAAGACCUCCCAGCAGAUGACCAGUCAGCAAUGGACGACGCCGCAAGUGUAGCUGCCUCACAGACCCAGGAGAAACGACACCUCUCUGCAAGGGAAAAACGUCUACUCCGAAAGGGGAAGCCCAUUGACACACCUACGGAAAAGUCAGAAGAAGCAAGCGGACGCUCAACACCAGCGCCUAAUGGAAACAACCCCAAGCCCGACGCAAAACCAGCCGCCGCCCCAGCCCGCGGCCGAAAAGGUAAAGCAAAGAAAGCAGCAUCCAAAUACGCAGACCAAGACGAAGAAGAACGAGCACUGGCCCUCCGCAUCCUAGGCGCAAACAGCGCCAAAGCACAGAAAGCCGCCGCCGAAGCCGAAGCAAAGGCGAAGCGCGAAAAAGAAGCCGAGGAGGCAAAGAAGCGCCGCAAGGCGCAGCACGAACGGGCUGCACAGGCGGAGCGCAAACGCCAGGCUCUAUUCGAGGAGGGAGCAACCGAUGACUACGACGAGCAGACUGCUGCCGCAGAGGCUGCGGACCUUGAAUGGCUGCCUGCACUUGUUGGGACGCCUCAUGUCGACGACGAGGUUCUCGCGGCUAUCCCGGUGUGCGCGCCUUGGUCGUCGCUUGGGAAAUAUAAGUACCGCGUUAAGCUGCAGCCUGGUGCGGUGAAGAAGGGCAAGGCCGUCAAGGAGAUUCUGGGCCGCUGGGUGUCUGAGACUACGACUGGGAAGGCCAAGAAGGAACAUGCUGAGGAUGCGGGCAUUAGUCGAGCUGCUGCGGAGAAGCUGAGAGCGAGAGAGGGUGAACUCCUUAAGGGGUGGAAGGAUACGGAGAUCAUCAACACCGUGCCGGUAGGCAAAGUACGGAUUAUGAUUGCUGGUGGUGGUGGCGACAAGGGGAAGGCGAAGGGGGGUGGUGGUAACAAGGGAGGCAAAGGUGGGAAGAAGAAAUAG